AUGCAUAGCGCACCCAAAACGGAAAUAUCCAAAAACAGUUUAAAUUUUUUCGGGUCUUUUUACGCCAAACAUGAAAAAAAAGACAGCAAAGAUGAAGUAAUUACGAGCGAGUGGUCGGUGACAGAGGAAAAUUUCACCAACUUGAAAAGUACUUGCAACCAGAAUACCAGUAGUAGCUGCACCAGCACUAACAUACAUAGUAACGACAUACAUAGUAACGACAUACUUAGCAACGACAUCCUCAGCAGCAACAUCCUCAGCAGCAACAUCCUUAGUAGCAACAGCAACCAGGUCGAAAGUCAACAUGAUAAUUUCGUGGAGAGUGAACAAGACUACGACUCAAAUAAAAAUUCAUACAAAUCGGCCAAAUUGUUUUACGACAAUAAUAUGCCGUUGGAAACAAGUACAAUGACAAGCAAAAGUUUAUUGGAUAAAAAUUAUUUCUCCAUUGCUCAUGAGUCCAUUUUUCCUACGGAGAAUUUUCUAAAAGACUCUCAAAAUAAUAGCUGCAGAAAUACCAAAAGUAGAAAGAGCAGCAACAAUAAUGAUAACGCGUAUAGCACGGAUUACUACCUAGACAAUAACAGGUGCAUGAAUAGCCAGGAUAAAAGUUCGAAUUUCCUGGAGCCUUCUGUUCAAAACGUGGAUGAUGGUAGUGAUGGUUACGAUACAUUCGACAUAUUUGGCAUAAACAAACCAAGGUCCAGUCAGGGUUAUACUUGUGUGGGUGAAGCUAGGAAAACGAACACAGGUACCCCACUGAAGGAGGAACAUAAGGAAACAUUGGUAAUGGUGCCAUCUACAGCGGAGGAUGCGCAGUAUCAUCAAUCGAAGGAAGAUGAUCAACUGACUGGCGGUCCAAAGGGGCAGGCAAAAGUUCAGCGCGAAAGCACAGCGGAUAGUAUACAGCACCAAGUUGAGUGCGAUCCGGUGUGCGAUCACGCUAGCGAUCACGCGAACCAUCACGCUCGUGACGGCGCAGAAGGUGCGACGGGGGAGCAGAGUGCCCAUUCAGACGACGCACACCAAAACAACCCCACAGAAACGCACACCCGGGAAAAACACCCAUAUGACGAGAAAAAAUUUGGUUACGAUAAAUUUCUGCUGAAAAAUUUUUUCUCCAAAAUAUCAAAGUUCAUAUCAAAUAGCAACGAAGAAGAAGAAGGAGGAGAAAAAUAUAAAGCAAAAGAAAUGGGAAUAGACGAUGAGCAACUCAAUGUACCCAUUAGCAGAAGAUGUGAAAGUCUGAAUUCAUACAGCUCGCUAUACGAAUUGAAUGAAUAUUUCGAAAAUAAUGAAAUGAAAAACGAAAAAGAGAAUCUAAAAAAUUAUCUUGAAGAAUUUGACGCAUGGGAACCUUUGCCAACCCGUGAGGAAAAAAAUAAGUAUGAAAUGACCAACAAGGUUAGUGACAGGUGCAAGAGAGGGGAGUCACAUAAGAAUGAUAAGGUGGGGACGUCCGAAUGGGCAGACGGAUCAGAGACAAACCAACGCGCAAAUGUACAGAGCGAAUAUCCAAACACACAGACGGAGAAUAGCGAAAAAAGAUCAGAAGAAAACAGGAGCCAUUAUGACUCCACCAAAUGUUAUCCUUAUGUGAGGAACACGGACCAACAGAACGAUGAUUCAUUUGGUGAUUUAGGCGGAAAGGACAUGGCCCAGGGGAAAUGCCAUCCUUGUGCAAACGAGGAGGAACAGCCCUACGUCGUCCACAUGGACAAUGAGGGAAUUGGCAGCGAAGAGGUCAAGGAAGACGUGAACAACGGCGAGAGCGAAAAGGGAUACCACAGGAAUGAUUUUCAAAAUAAUAGGCACGUGUCGCUUAGCGAAUUGAAACAUUUCCCAAGCAUAAAUUAUUCAGGUAAACAGGAUGAGUCUGAGUUUUUGCUCAACAAGAACAGUUUGCAAAAGUACUACUCCAUUCUUCACAAACUUUCAAAGAAGGAGACCAAGACGUCUGCCACACCGAGCAGUGUCUAUCUGAGUGAUAGAAACAAUGACGGUGUAAAGAGACAGGGCAACGAGAAUAAGGACAGUGCGGAUGCAAUUAGUGUUGGCGUUGGUAGUGAAAACGGUGCCCAUGAGAAGAACGAAAAUGGAGAAGACCGAGGCGAUGGCCAAUGUAGAACUAAUGAUAGCACACAAAGCAGCGUAGAUCACGACGACAUUUGUAUGAGUAACGAUAACCUCGAUGGGAACAGCGCGGAACUGCCUAAAAGCAACUCAGAUGUGGAAAAUGAUUUCGCACAUAACCCUGACGUGGUCUGCGAGGACACCUUAACGAACAACAAUUCUUAUCCGCAAUACUCAAAUGGAAAAUACGCAUACAAUAAAUCCAAACAGGAACAUAGUAGCUAUAGCAGAGUGCGCAGCCAGAAGAGGAAUCCUGUCAGUUAUUCCUUUAGGAAUAGCAGUACUUUCAACAAGGAUUGUAUAGAUGUGGAGAGGAGCGAUCAGGACGACGAGGAAAAUGAUGCGGACAUCGAGGCGGAUCCUGAUAUGGAUGCCAAUGUCGACUCGUAUGCCGAGUGUAGCGAAGACUAUAGCGGUGACUACAGUGGUGACUGUGGUGGGGACAGCGCCCGAGGUGGUGACAUAACCACGUGCAUUAAACCGUGUGGUCGUAUGAACGACACCGACUUGGACCACAACGAUGUUAGCGGCUACUGUCCCCCUGGAGAGAUGAACACGACAUGCAAUCCCUACGUUAACAAACGUCCUUUUAAAAAGGAAAUGUACAAAAAUGCAUAUGACGAGGUGUACAAUAUGAACAGCAAGUACGAAACUAUUGAUGUGGGUAUUUUCCAGGGAGAUAAACUAAUGCUUAAUUAUAACAAGGAUAAUAUAAUACGGGACAAAGUGCCCGAUGGAGAAUGUGCAUGCUGUGUUUCUGGUGUGCAUAAAGGGGGGAAGCACAAGAGGGCACAGAGCAUGCGGAGGAAGCGCGGGAAUGGGAGCGAUGUGGAUGAGCACGUGCAUGAAGGGUACAACGAUAAUGAGCAAGAUUACAAUCGUGACGAUCAUCAUGAUGAGCGCUUGGAUGACCAUCUGGAUGAGCGCCAGCGCAAUGACUUGGUGUUUUGCAUAGAGCCGUACGGCCGGACCAGCGGCGCAAAGUUCGAAGCGCCCCCCAGGAAGAAAUUUAACUCUUUCAACAACUCGAACGCGUUUGAUUGCAGCCGGGGGAGUUGUGGGCAGAGUUGCUUCCAGGAAAAUUGCUGCCAGCGUGACUGCUGCAGGGGCAAUUGUGCCCCGGAUAAGUACCACAUGCGGUACAGCGAGCGCGUCAUGAGUGGCAAUUUCUCGGACGGAGGGAACAGCGUCGAAAGGUACCUGACAAACGUGCGCAGCGACAAAAAGGCCGCCUACAGCAACCCAUUCAACCUGAACAGUAGCAUUGCGUACAACCUCUACCGAAGAGGCAGUAAUAAUUAUUUCCCCCAAAAUCACUAUGAUUAUGUGGUGAAGGAAAAUUGUGCAAAACAUAUGAUGAAAAAUUAUUUCGAUGCAAAAAUAAAGGAAGGCAGAAAGGAUGACAACAAAUCAGCAAUGAUAGUCGAACAACAAAAAAAAGACUUUAACGGAGCAUUUGUUUCAAUGCCCAUUAUUAACAAUUUGAAUGGGCAAAAAUAUUUGGCUCCAAAUGACGUAUAUUAUUAUAACAGGGGAAUAGGACGUGAUGGAACAGUUGGCCGAGUAGCUAUCGAUUCUGCGCCUGCAGGAGGAGGACCGUCAAGAAUUAUCAUGACACCCUCAUCAUCCGCAGGAAAGGGAACGACCAGCGUGACAGCAGGUACUGCCAUCACUUUCGGUUCUUCCCCUGUUAAUGCAGCAGGUUGUUGGAUGAACAGACAAAAAAUGAGUGUAAGUACUAACAAAAUUGAAAUUGUUAGGAAAAUCGAUAUGAAUUAUAAAAGGAGAAUUAUUGACUGCUCACCAACAACUAUGGUGUCAAAUAAAUACAUGCAGUAUUAUGGUAGCAACGGCUUAGGGGUACCCAGUAGCAAUUAUUACCACGACACACAUGCUCAGUAUAAUGGCCUGUAUGAUUAUUCCCCUAACAACAGAAGUGUGAAAAUGCCUUCCAAAACGAAUAGCCUAAUGCCAGUUGAUCAAAAUGGUUUUUCAAAUGUACGCACAAAAAUACCCUCAGAAAAAAAACACACAAAUUUAUCCAAUUAUGUUAUAGAUAUUGAAGUAUUACAAGAAAAUAAAUAUGGAAUGUAUAAUCAAUUAAAUAUGAAGAAUAAGGGAAGAAAAAAUAUGAAUAACUUUAUCGACCUGGACGAUGUGCACGACAGCAACAACUGCGAUGUGUACAGACGAUGUGCUGCCAGUGCCAGCAAGGUUGUCGAUUACGAUUGGAACAAAGAAAAAUUUUUACAAAAAAAAAAUGCACUGAUGAAUUUUUACAAUGACAUGGAGGAAGAUAGAGCAGUCAAUUCAUGCUUCCCUUGUGGCAAAAAACGGGAGCAAAUGGUUAACUACGUCAUUGAUGUGGAUAAAGUGUAUGAAGAUGAUAUGUACAUGAUGCCUUAUGAUGGUGUGAAGCGGAGGCAUAUGGGUUCGAUGAUGGACGGGGCGAACGGUUUUAGGAGUGGUUCCAUCAGUGUGGCCCAAAUGGAAAGGAGAAGAAGGGGUGACAAAAAUUUAACUCCCUUGCACGAAUGUCAGAGAGAGCUACUCCAGCAUCAUCAUAAUCAGCAUCAUCAUAAUCAGCAUCAUCAUCAUAAUGAGCAGCAGUACCUGCAUUACAGCAGCAACGGCAACUACAAAUUGAUGAUGGAGAAAUAUAAUAAGAGCCUUUUACUGAAUUCUCCGAUGGACAUGUCAUGCGUCAACAAUUACUCAAGCACCAGGGAGUAUAUCAUGAAUGCAAAUGGGGGACGAAGUGCUAUGGGGGAUUAUGCCCAGAACGAACAAAUGCGAAGUGGCAGUGGAGCAAGCAAAAGGAGAAAAGGCGUAGCAAGGAGAAGCCUUUUUUAUAACGAACAUCCACUGGGUAGAGGCUCACAUGAUGAUGAAUGGGAAAGCGAAAUGGGGGGUGUACCUGGAGGAAGAGUAGUAUGUGGAAGAGGUGGUUGCCCUGGAGAUGAGAGCGACACUGAUGAAAAUUACAUCGAUGAUGAACAUGACCGAAAUACCUAUCGUGGUGCACAUUGCAACGAUAACAGCAGGAGGACAAAGUUGAGUAAGCUUUGUAGAGAUCAACGGGUCCUCUUUAGUAGACGCAACAAUGGAGCUAUAUCGAGAAAAGUUCCACAUGCAGAGAUGCUCCACAGAGGUGGAAACAAAUUAGAACCAUUUGAAGAAGACGAAGAAGAAAGUGAUUAUUACAUGUACAACAAAUACGGAUUUAAGAAAAAAAAAAAAAAAAACAAAAAACACCAGCAGCACUUGCAUAGUCGAAGUAGAGGGCGAGAUUAUAGUCAUCACCGCAACACAAUCAAUGAAGACACCCUGUGCAACGAAAAUGAGUUGGAAAAAAUAACUCAAAUUGAAAAUAUCAUUUCGAGAAAAAUGAAAUUAAGCAAAAUGAAAAGGGAAAGAGAGAGCAACAACCUGGACAAUCCAGAGGACGAGGAUGAAGAUAGCGACAUAUACAAUAAUAUUGAAUUUGAUAGGAUCAAAAUAGAAAAUAUCCUUGAUGGAACUAUUAAGCUAGACAAUAAGGAUGAAAAUAUUAUUAAUAAUAUACUUGAAUUGGAGAGAAGAAAAUACACCAUUAAUUGUAUAAUGGAUAAAUUGAGGAAGAGGGAAAACGAGUGCAAUUAUUUAUCUGAUAUGGACAAGCAUUUUAAACAAAGGAUUAAUUCAAACGUGUAUGAUUUAUACUCGGACAAAAGCACUUAUAACAUUUACAACACCAAAAUGUGUGUGAAUUAUUUUCUUGAGGAAAAAAUGCACUCCCCGGAGAAUAAAGAAUUUAUAAAAAAUUUUUUCGUCGAGAAAACCCACAAGAAUAUUUACUUCGUGCAAGUAUUUAAAAAGAAGAAAAAAAGAAAGGAAGGGAUCCCUGUGGGAAAGAAUUGCGCAGUGGAAGAGAAGAACAGUCCUGAAUUGGGAGAACAAGUUGGAAAUGCGCGAAACGUGGAGAAAGAAGGAUCUAGUAGUAUUUCCCCCCCUGUAGAGAUGAUGCCAUUUUGCGCUGCUGCAGUAGGUGACGAGUUAGCAGCGGAGAAUGAGAAAAAGUACGACGUGGAGGAAGGCGCAGAGGGAAAGCUCGGGGAGGCUGAAAAGGGUUGCGGAACAGAUGGGGAAAUCCCUGAAAAUGUGGUCGGUCAAAUGCACGGCGACGCGUCUGGCCAGAACACGAACGUAGCCGAAACAGGAGAGGGAGACGGAGAGGCUACAGACCCCCCGAAGAGUGAGCGGAAGAUGAAAUACUUUAACUACCAGCUUAGUUUCAUCAAGUGGAAGUUUGGCAGAGCGGACAAGGACGAGAGCAAGAAGGAGGACGCGCAACAGGAGCAGCAGCGGCUGGAACAACAAGCUGAACUGCUCGCCCUGACAGACCCAUCUCACGCCCCCCUGGAAAACCACGAACACGAAAAGAUGGAAAUACGCGAUGAAAGUUUCGAAUUCUCGAUGGGCAAAUGCGUCGACAGGGAUGAACAAAAUGGGGAAGGGAAAAUGGAGACGGAGGAUAAGGAGCAAGCCAAUGUGGUGGUCACAGAAGGGGAACGCGAGGAAGCCCUACAUGGGGAACUUCAUCAGCACACCCUUCAUCCUGCAAGUGGAGACCCGUCGGGGGACGGUAUACGCCCCACGUCCAAACCACAAGGAACGAAAAAUACACACCCCAACGAAGACGAAACGGAUGAUGACUUCGAGGAAGGAGAUAAUUUAAUCGACCAAAUGAUGGGCAUGAACAAAGACGACAGAGAUGAAGAAGAGGAAGAAGGAGAAGAAAAAAAAAGGGAAACGGAACAUAGCUUUGAUAGCGUAAUAAAUGAAGAAAUGGUCGAAAAUGAGGAAAACAAAUUUGGAAAUUUGCCUUUGCAGGAACAGUUAUUUAGUGCGAUGAAAAUGACCGGAGCGCAAAUCAUCAUGGGGAACGAAGACGAGGAUGAUUUGGAUGAGUAUGACGACGACGAUGAUGAAGAUGAGGAGGAGGAAGAAGAAGAGGAAGAUGAUGAGGAGGAUGAAGAGGAGGAGGAGGAGUAUGAGGAAGGGGAUGACGAAAUGGUAGGAGGAGCCGCCGUGAACGCAAAGGGGAGUUAUAAGGAGAAAAACAACGAGGUGAAUGAAGUGAAGGACCUUAAGGACAACGUCGAAUGGAUGAAGAAAGAAGCGCACAGUGCAGAGGAAACAAACAUAAGCGAGGCUGACGAUGCCCAUGUGAGAAAAAAUACCUGCGAUGGAGACGAAGCGGCAGGAGAGCACGAAGUAGAGGUCGUGAAGGAAUACAACGGAGAGAACCAAGAGGAAAAAACUUCCCACAGUAGGGAAGUAAUAAAUUUGCAGAAUGGCGAAACGACGACUCCCCAUUGUUCAGAUGAUGGUAAUGACGUGAAAGAAAUCAGGGUGAAAAACCAAGCCAAAGAAAAUAUUAAAGAAGAGAUUGAAAUAAUUGAAGAGGACGUUAACCAGGACAUGUGCUACUCCGACAUUAAAUUCAUGAUAAAGGAUAAAAAUGAGGAGGAUGAAGAAUUCGAAGAGGUCAUUGAAAAAAGAAGCUGCACCAAAUACAGAAACAAACACAACAACAACAGUGAACAUUACUUCCCAUAUGACCAUCGUGAUAAUGUCAAAAAGGAACACGAAAAUUAUGCACAGUAUAGCCAUCAUGGAAUGAUAAAUGGAGUUACCCUCAAAAAAGAAGAACGCGGUGCAGGUGAUUUCUACAGUCACCUGGAGAACGAUGGCGAGAAGGCAGAAGACGACGAAAUAGACGAAUCGCCCGAGUAUAAACAAUUUAAAAAACAAAUCGCAAUGAUGGACAUGACCUUGCAGAAGAAGGAAAAGGAGGAUGAAAAAAAAGUUAGAGAAAAAAACGAACAGGAAAAACAACAAUGGGAUGAUAGCAAUUUAUCCAUACAGACAAAACAAUUAAUGAAAGGUACCAUCAGCAGAGGGAACUCAAACAACUCCAUUAGCAACAUGAAUGCGAAAAAUUUCUUCAUUAAAGACAUGCUACAUGAAAAUAAUCAGUACAUACACGACUACUGUGAUAUUGAAGACAGUACAAAGUAUAAAAUGCUGGAUAUAGCUAAGAAGAACCAAAUUGAAAAAAUAAAAAAAAAAAUAAAAAAAAAUAAAAAGCUAAGGAAGGAAGAUUUUAAAUUAUUGUCCGAGUUGCUACAUCAUAAAUUUGUACUCAACGAAAUUAGUGUCGUAGGUAAUUACGAAGUGAAUUACAAGAACUGUUUUGACAUACUCGAGUUGGAGGAAUAUAAACUCAGGAAGGACUUGCUAAAAACGUACUGCGAGUGCCUGUCCAUAGGGCUAACCACUCAUGAGAGGGAAUUUCUCAACGAGUUCCAGUUGUUCUUACCCGACAUAAACAUCAUGGACGACAUGAACAUUCUGUACAUUUUACGGCACUCUAGGAAUGAGAAGAAUUGCGUGUUCAAGUGUUUCCUGGGCGAACCCUAA